GCCGGGCGGUUCCUGAGGCGGCCGUUGGCCGUUCCCGCGGCUUGGCUGGUUGUCUUGGAGAAGCAAGAUGGCGGCGACGGCGGCGGCGGUGGUGGCCGAGGAGGACACGGAGCUGCGGGACCUGCUGGUGCAGACCCUGGAGAACAGCGGCGUCUUGAAUCGCAUCAAGGCUGAACUCCGAGCAGCUGUGUUUCUAGCGCUAGAGGAGCAGGAGAAAGUGGAGAACAAGACUCCUUUAGUCAAUGAGAGCCUGAAAAAGUUUUUAAAUACGAAAGACGGACGCUUAGUGGCUAGUCUUGUUGCAGAAUUUCUUCAGUUUUUUAACCUUGACUUUACCUUGGCUGUUUUUCACCCUGAAACCAGCACAGUAAGAUUUCAAGGUUUUGAAGGUCGAGAGAAUCUAGCCCGAGAUUUAGGUAUCAUCGAAGCAGAAGGAACUGUGGGUGGACCCUUGCUAUUAGAAGUGAUUAGACGCUGUCAGCAGAAAGAGAAAGGGAUUGCUGGUGGGGAGGGUGCACUGGAACUAUCUGAUGUACAUUCUCCAUCAAAGUCACCAGAAGGAAAAACAAACUCAAACACAAUCCCAAGUAAGAUACCAAGGUAUAAAGGACAAGGUAAGAAGAAGACAAGCGGGCAGAAGUCUGGUGACAAGAAGGCCAGCCUGGAGGUCAGUCAGAGUGAUACAAGUAUCUCCUCAUCAGAACAAAAGAGCAAAAGCAGUCUGCACUCAUUAGCCCAUGAAACAAAAAUCGGGUCUUUCUUCAGCAACACCUCUUUAGAUGUCAAAGACAAAGCUGGCGUUGAUGCAGAUGAGGAUGAUAUGGAAGGAGACUCAUUCUUUGAUGAUCCCAUCCCUAAACCCGAAAAAACUUACGGUUGGAGAAGUGAGCCCAGGAAGCAAGUGGGAAGCCUAGCCUCACUCUCGGAUGUACCCCCCGUGAGGAGUGGACUCAGCUCCCUGGCUGGAGCCCCUUCCUUAAAAGACUCAGAGAGUAAAAGAGGAGGUGCAGUUUUGAAAGAUUUGAAAUUAAUCAGUGAUAAAAUUGGAUCGCUUGGGCUAGGUACUGGAGAAGAUGACUAUGUUGAUGACUUUAAUAGUGCCAGCCACCGCUCAGAAAAAAGUGAACUAAGUAUUGGUGAGGAGAUUGAGGAAGACCUUUCUGUGGGAGUGGACGACAUCAGUACCAGCGAUAAACUUGAUAAUCUCACACAAGACCUGACAGUCUCUCAGCUCAGUGAUGUCGCAGACUUUCUGGAAGACGUGGCGUAGCCGGAAGAAGGACGUGUUCUCACCAACACAGACAAGGGACUCAUCCGCUCCAUUUGUUUUGUGUGUUUCAGACAAUCACUUUUAGCUGGAAUGUCUGCUCCCUAUUGGUGCCUUGCAUUUCAAAAAAGACUUGCAGAUAUUUUUAAAAUUAACUUUUCAUUUUAUGAAACAAAAUACUUCCCUAUAUGAGCCCAUGUGUGUAAGAUUUAAAUUAUUCUUAUUUUGAUUUAGCUGUACAUUUCUCUGAGGAAAUUGAUAGUCUACACCCAAAGUUCAUUACAGGGAGGAACUUCUGUGCUGAGUAGUGCAUAGAGAUGGGUCACUGAAGCUGUAGUCUCUUCUGGCUUCAAGCAUGGCUGCUGGGGUGUGGAGAUCUUUGAAAAACCAUGCCUUGCCCUAGGCUCUGAAAGCAGGACCUGUCUACUGUUUGUAUCGGGUUUGUAUCGCGUGUGCCAGCACAUAAUGGUGCAGUGACCUGGUACGCUGGUGUCGUCAUACUCAUGUGAAAUUUGAUGUGUCAUCGUGAAUUUGUAUUUCUUCCAUUUGGAAGGUUUGUUAGACCAUUAAGGUUUUAUUAAAGUACUCUUGUGUGGCUAUUUAGUUCUGCUUGUUUUAAAGAAACCUAGAAGUGGUUAUGACUUAAUUCAGAGUUGUAGAUACCAGAUUUACGGUUGCCGUUCUGCCUUUAGUCCAUGCACACAGCUGCAGUCACACAAGUUCUCUUCAUGAUAUAACUUAUUACUUGUAAAGAUGCCUUGAAACAUAUUAAAACCAAAAUGCAUCUGAAGUCAAGCAGUGCUUUUAUUUCAGAUAUGACUAUAUUUAAAUCCAAAUUGGAAUGAAAGAGUAGUAAUGGCCUAAGACCAUAUAUGAUCAGUUUGGCAAUCUUCACUGUAAAUAAUUUUAUUGUAAUCCUUCAAAAAUACAAUUGCAAGUGGUCUUAUAAGAAAGCAUUGUGGCCAGGUGCUGGUGGCCACACCUGUAAUCCUAGCUACUCAGGAAGCUGAGAUCUGGUGAUUAAGGUUCAGAGCCACCUGGAUAGAAAGUCUGAGAUGCUCAUCUCCAGUUAACCACUUAAAAGAGCUAGAAAUGAAGCUGUGCUUCAAGUGGUAGCAUGCCAGCUUGAACUAAAAGGCCUGGGAUUCACGUCCCAGUACUAGCAUCAAAAACAAAAAAGCAUGCUGCUACUGUGAUGUAGGUUACUGACAUAUAUAGUGCCAGGUAUUUUAAAAUGUGCAAGUGGGAAAAACAAAGAAGAUGUUUACAUAUCCUUAUGCAUGUAAGUAAAGCCUAAGGUAUUCACUUUUUUGUGCUUUUCUAUUUCAAUUAUGACUUCACUAAUAAAAACAGCAUAAUAGAC